UAUUGCUGACUAUAUUGUUAAUUGAUCCUACCUUUCACAUCCUGCCUCCACAUGCUUGGUGGAUGCACAGCUAUAGAGGAAGGUGAAGGGAGAUCCUCCUGCGUGGCGUUCAGGUUUAGGUGCCCUGUUCACAGGAAGGGGGGGCAGUGUUCCACACAUCCCCGAAGAUUACCUCAGUACUGAGUGAAUGGAACAGAUUGGAGCAGCCGGAGUGGUGCCUGUUGAAUCUUCCUUCAUCCUUUGUCACUGUGGUAGCACCAGUUGAAUGAGAGAAAUAAAAGGAUGCGAGCAACAGUUAUUCUUGUGCAAGUUAAUCCAGGGGAAGCAUUUACAAUAAGAAGAGAAGAUGGACAGUUUCAGUGCAUUACAGGUCCUGCUCAGGUUCCAAUGAUGUCCCCAAAUGGUUCAGUGCCUACUAUUUAUGUGCCUCCUGGAUAUGCCCCACAGGUUAUUGAGGAUAACGGUGUUCGAAGGGUUGUGGUGGUUCCCCAGGCUCCAGAAUUCCAUCCUGGUGGUCACACAGUGAUACACAGGCCUCCACAUCCCCCACUGCCUGGCUUCCUUCCUCUUCCAGCCAUGAUACCCCCUCCACCCCGUCACAUAUACUCACCUGUGACUGGAGCCGGUGACAUGGCAACGCAGUACAUUCCACAGUAUCACACUUCUCAAGUCUAUGGGGAUGUGGAUACUCUGCCUGCUCAUGGAAGAUCCAACUUUAGAGAUGAAAGGUCUAGUAAAACAUAUGAAAGGUUACAAAAAAAGUUAAAAGAUCGACAUGGAACUCAGAAGGAUAAGUUAAACAGUCCUCCGUCAUCUCCUCAGAAAUGUCCUUCUCCUACAAGUGAACCUAAUGGACUUACAAAAGGACAGGAUGCAGCUGGAAUAAGCACAGGUUCUACCAAAUGCAAGUCUUUGGGUAAAGGAAAAAGCAAUUCUCAGACAGACACAGAAGUAGAAGAAAAGGAUGAAGAAACAAAAGCACUGGAAGCACUUCUUUCUAACAUAGCCAAGCCAGUGGUAUCAGAUAUUCAGGCAAGAACUGCACUGCUGAUGUGGUCCCCUCCAUCCAGUGAUACUGGAGAAGACACAGACAAGAAUGACAUGCCAGAGGUUUAUACUUAUGAAGUGAUGAUUUCAAGUACUGGAAAAGAUGGAAAGUACAAAACUGUGUACAUUGGAGAAGAAAAUAAAGUUACUGUAAAUGAUCUCAGGCCAGCAACAGAUUACCAUGCAAAAGUCCAAGUAGAAUGCAACUGUGUAAAGGGGAGCCCUUCAGAAACAGAGAGUUUUACCACAGCAAGUUGUGAACCUGAUACUCCAAAUCUGCCCAGGAUAACUAAUCGGACCAAAAAUUCUCUUACUCUUCAGUGGAAGGCAUCUUGUGAUAAUGGUUCCAAAAUCCACAGUUACCUUUUAGAAUGGGAUGAAGGAAAAGGAAAUGGAGAGUUUUGCCAGUGUUAUUACGGUCAGCAGAAGCAGUACAGGAUCACUAAACUAUCACCAGCAAUGGGGUACACCUUUAGGCUAGCAGCCAAAAAUGACAUGGGAAUGAGUGAUUUUAGUGAAGAAGUCCUGUAUCAUACCUCAGGCACUGCCCCAACCACACCAGCAAGUCCUUUGCUGAUUAAUGCUGGAGUUACUUGGUUAUCCCUUCAGUGGACAAAACCCUCAGGAACACCAUCAGAUGAAGGAAUCUCAUAUAUAUUAGAGAUGGAGGAUGAGAACUCAGGAUAUGGUUUCAAGCCAAAAUAUGAUGGUGACGAUCUUACCUACACGGUGAAGAAUUUGAGACGUAGUACAAAAUAUAAAUUUAGGGUCAUUGCUUAUAACUCAGAAGGGAAGAGCAGUCCAAGUGAGACAGUGGAGUACAUUACUUGUCCAGACAAACCUGGAGUACCUUCAAAACCCACAGUGAAAGGAAAAAUUCAUGCACAGAGUUUUAAAAUAAUCUGGGAUCCACCAAAAGACAAUGGGGGAGCAGCAAUACAUACAUAUGUUGUGGAAAUGUCUGAAGGCUUAAGUGGAAACAAGUGGGAUACAAUAUACAGCGGAGCCGCUAGGGAACAUGUGUGUGACCGACUAAAUCCGGGCUCUUCCUAUCGCUUACGUGUAUAUUGCGUUGGGGAAGGAGGACAAAGCACGGUAACUGAUUCCUUACUGGUGCAGACACCAGCAGUGGUUCCUGGUCCAUGCCAGCCUCCAAGGCUACAGGGUAGACCAAGAGCAAGAGAAAUUCAGCUGCGUUGGGGACCACCUCAGGUAGAUGGUGGUUCACCCAUUACCUGUUAUGGUCUGGAAAUGUUUCAGGCAGAAAGCGAUGAACACAGAGAGGUUUACCAGGGUUCUGAUGUUGAAUGCACAGUGGGCAGCCUUCUUCCAGGGAGGAUGUACAGCUUCAGACUGAGAGCAGCUAACAAGGCUGGGUUUGGACCUUACUCAGAAAAAUGUGAAAUAACUACAGCACCUGGACCCCCAGAUCAGUGCAAGCCCCCUCAAGUGGCGUGCAGAUCUGCUGCCUGUGCUCAGGUGUCAUGGGAGGUACCAGUGAGUAAUGGAGCUGAUGUCACGGAGUAUCGACUGGAGUGGGGCGGUGUGGAAGGAUGCAUGCAAAUCUCCUAUUGUGGGCCUGGGCUCAGCUGUGAAGUGAAAGGGCUUUUGCCUGCCACUAUAUACUAUUGCAGGGUUCAGGCAGUGAAUGUUGCAGGUGCAGGCCCUUUCAGUGAAGUAGUGGCAUGUAUGACUCCAGCCUCUGUACCUGCAGUUGUGACCUGUCUUCGUGGACUAAGUGAAGAUGAAGUUGAAAGUCCACACUAUUCUCCUUCCACAUGCCUUGCUAUAAGCUGGGAAGAGCCUUGUGACCAUGGAUCUGAAAUCCUUGGCUACAGCAUAGACUUUGGAGAUAAGCAGCCAAUAACUGUUGGGAAGGAUCUGACCUAUUUUAUAGAUGGCUUGCAGCCAGAUACUACCUACAGGGUACGAAUUCAAGCCCUAAAUAGUCUUGGAGCGGGUCCUUUCAGCCACACCAUAAAACUGAAAACAAAGCCUCUCCCCCCUGAUCCACCUCGCCUGGAAUGUGCUGCAUACAGUUCUCAGACUCUCAAGCUGAAGUGGGGAGAGGGAACUGCAAAAGCAUUAACUGACUCCAUCCAGUACCACCUUCAAAUGGAGGAUAAGAAUGGAAGGUUUGUAUCCUUAUACAGAGGACCUUGUCAUACAUACAAAGUUCAAAGACUCAGUGAGUCAACAUCAUACAAAUUUUGUAUUCAGGCAUGUAAUGAAGCUGGUGAAGGUCCCCUUUCUCAAGAAUAUAUUUUCACUACUCCCAAAUCUGUUCCAGCUGCCUUGAAAGCACCAAGGAUAGAGAGAAUAAACGAUCACACUUGUGAAAUCACAUGGGAGGUUCUGCAGCCCAUGAAGGGUGAUCCAGUUAUCUACUGUCUUCAGGUCAUGGUGGGAAAAGACUCAGAAUUCAAACAGAUUUACAAGGGCCCAGACUGGUCGUUCCGAUACACAGGCCUCCAGCUGAACUGUGAAUACCGAUUCCGCGCGUGUGCCAUUCGCCAGUGCCAAGAGGCCACGGGUCACCAGGACCUGGUGGGCCCCUACAGCGCCCCAGUGCUGUUCAUCUCUCAGAGGACUGAACCACCGGCAAGCACCAACAAGGACACUGUGCAAACCACAAGGACACAAUGGUCACAGAGCGACCAAGUGUGUGCUGCUGUCAUUCUUGCACUUUUUGCUAUCUUUUCCAUUCUGAUUGCUGUUAUCAUUCAGUACUUCGUCAUAAAGUGAAGAAAA